AUGGUUGUCGCAGAAAUUCUUCUGGUUCUUGCGGGACAUUCCUCGUCCCUGUUUACCUCGACAGGAGAAAUCGCGCCAGCCUGGAUUGACUUGCUACAUCCUGGAGAAAUCGCGUCGCUUCAAAGUCUUUCGCAGAUUGCACGGCGGUAUAACCAUAUAAAACAUGCGAGACGUACACUUUGUCCAAACAACUCGGGCCAAGUUUCCAAAUUUCUCUCCGCCCUCUUAUCGACACUCAACGACAUUCUCAAGCACGAUUAUGAGGACUUGGUUGUUCAAACGGAAGCAAAGGUCGUCAAACGGGAUGACGCCUUUGUUGCCAGUGGAUCAUACGUGCCCCUCGCGAGCAUUCGUGCAACCUUUGCCGAAUUUGACGCCCCAUUCGCUGCGAUACAAGCGCUUUUGGAUCGCUUAUCAAAGUCAGCAGACGGGACACCGCCCUUACGCGGCGAGCCGCCAAAUUGGCCUGCGGGCAAGCUGAUCGACAUUCUUCUCGAUCGCGCAGACGAGUUUGGCGAAUUCGAACUCACGGCAUUCCUUGUUCACGGCACUCUCUCACCAACGGACCCAUUAGCAGACGAGAAGCAGUCGUAUGCUCUCUACCCUGAUGCCAUACCUAGCUGUGUCUCUUUUCAGACUCGCGAAUCUAUCACCUAUGUUGGCAAGGCCCUCGUCACUGUAAGAAUCGCAGCCACCACCCACUCUGCAAAGCACGAGCAACAGCUACCCCGACAGCUAAUGACUGCACACACAAAGUUGCUGGAAGGCGCUUUGCCUCAGGAUCGAUAUGCUUUCGAUAGCGCCAUUGCGACCAUACGGACCAAUGUGAGCGAGUGGCUCUGGUCCAACGUGCUUACCCGGCCAAUGGUAAACGAGGCACUGGACUCGCUUGCCCAUUACUUUCUUCUUCGUAAUGGUGAAUUUGGACUCUCGUUGAUAAGAGAGAUAGAACGAUUAAAGGUCUCUCGGCUCACUGCACGACAUAGCUCGCGCUCAGCAGGAGUCAUACGUGAACAAGACUUGCAAUUGGCACUACUGCGUGCAAGUCUUGGGACAUCGGCACAGCAUGACCCGACGCUGACCAGGCUGCGAAUGACACUUCCAUCGGGUCCAUUACGUCCCUUACUCCCUUCUUUAUCAAAUCCAAACAUAUCUGCCAUCAAACCGUCACAAGUGAGCUUUGCCGAUGUGCUCCUCGGUACUCCACUGGUACUCAUUUACACAUUGGAAUGGCCACUCGACCUUUUCCUCCAACCUUCAGAUCUACAAAUAUAUGCAGAUCUGUUUGCGUAUCUCUCCUCGUUGAGAAAAGUACACACAAAGGUUCUUGAAUGCUGGGGAUGGCUAUCCAACUCUCAACGAGCUCGUCGAAAAUGGACUGGCCUUGGAGAAGGUGGAACAGAAGCUGAUGAAGAGGGUAGAAGAGUACUAUUACGAUGCGGGUGGGGUGUCGUCCGUGAUAUGCUUUGGUUCUUGGACACACUCCUUGCGUACAUCAUGAUGGACGUGGUGGACGUCGAGUUUCGAGAACUCAAAGAGCGGCUACAUCUUUCUACGAUAUCAGGGAAUGAAGGCCAAGCGAGGACGCGCAGAAACAGUGGCGACACAGGAGCCAAGGCGGGCUCGAAGUCGAACCCACCCUUGGCCAACUCGCAAUCACUGCGCCAGCCCAAGCGCAAAGCAGUAGAAGGAACAGAAACCCCGAAUCCUCCUGAUUUGGACUUUACCACGCUCCGCGAGGUACAUAAUCGCUUUCUCGAGCGUGUCGUGUCGGCCUCCCUCCUCGCAAAUGCGUCAUGUGCGACGACCAUUCGGACAAUCCUGGAAGUCUGUGAGCGCUUCGUCGCCCAAGUAGAGCGUUGGGAUAGCGAUGUGCUCCCCGGCCUACUGGACGAAGGCAGCGUCUCGUUUGCGGGCGGUGACGACAACGUCGGGGGCCUAGUAAGGGAGAGAUGGAGAGUUGUCCACGAUGUCAACGAGGCAUUGGUAUCUCUGUUCGAGACCUUCUACGAGCAACUCACGGCUGCAUCGACGACUCAGGUUCAGGCUAAUAUGACGGCGGAGAUGACGCUGAACAAUAUAUCGUCCAUGAUACAUCCUUCCAUGUUUCUCGCCGCCGACCGCAAGAAGCGCGAGCGUGAGGGAGAUGUUCGUCGGCAUAUAGAACGUCUUCUACUCCGAUUGGACUUUAAUGGCGCACUGUCUAAAUGGAAAGCAGACAUCGAAGCGGCCUUUGAAGGUGGCAUUCUCAAGGGAGCUGGCCUCUAG